CACUUAGUUCUCGUCGCGUUCUCGCCCAGGAUGGGAGUAAUUGCCAUGAAGAUGCUUCCGAUUGUGGUGCUCAUCCUUCUCCAGCUUCUGAUUCCCUCGAUCCAUUCCAUUGAGUGGACUCUGCCGGAUGUUAUCGAUACCAUUGGAAAGGUCAGCACCAGCAUCGUUGAUCCCAGUCUUCUGCCCACGCCCCAAGGCCUUCUCGAUGGCAGCAAACAGCUCAUCGCCGGUUACCCCUUUGAAUUCGUUUCCAAUUCGCUCAGUGUAAUCUGUUCCCAGGCACUGGCAUCGAACACAAUCAAGUCGAAAUUCUCGCCGGACAUCAAAUUGAUGAACUUCCAACUGCAAACGGCCUGCGCAAAGGUCAACUUUCCGCUGACCAAUCCGGAGAGCAUGUGGAAGAGUCCACUGUUCGAUCCCAAGAAGAAGGUCGUCAUCCUGGCAACCGGAUGGACCACCACCAUCAAUGGCUCCGACACCAUCGAUAUGUUCUCAAAGGCCUACAACUGUCGUGGCGAUGUCAACUUUGUGGCCGUGGAUGCUGCUCGAUUUGUGGACACCCUGUACACCUGGUCGGCCUUCAAUACGGAGGAGAUUGGCGAGAAUAUUGCUUUGGCAUUGGUGAAGCUGCUGGAUCUGAUGCCGGUGGAGAAUAUCCAUCUGAUUGGCCAUAGUCUGGGUGCCCAUAUAGUGGGUUCGGCCGGACGGCAUUUGCGUCGUCUGACAGGUCGGAUAAUACCCAGGAUCACUGGAUUGGAUCCGGCCAAGCCGUGCUUCAACGAGGGUGAAGUUCUCUCAGGAUUAAUGCGAGGAGAUGCUCGAUUCAUCGAUGUGAUUCACAGUAACUCCGGAGUGCUGGGCAUGCGGGAUCCAUUAGGCGAUGUAGACUUCUAUCCAGGUGGAAUGGGACCCCUGCCGGCGGGCUGCUUCUCAGUGACCUGUGCCCAUGCCAGAUCUUGGGAAUACUAUGCAGAGACCAUUUAUCCAGGAAAUGAGAGAAAUUUCCUAGCUGUACGUUGCAGUUCGAUGUCCAGACUUCGGGAAUUCCGGUGUCCGGGAGAUCAGGUGGCCAUGGGAUAUCAGGUGCCGCAAGAUAUCAAGGGCAACUACUUCCUCGAGGUCAACUCCAAUUCGCCCUUUGGCACGCAUGCCUCGAUCGUGCGAUCCAGACAUUUGGAGCAGUGUGGCAAGUGCCCGGAUGCUGAAAUGGCGAGUUCCACGACCACAGAAAAAUCUGGUGGAUCCUGGUUUUAACGAAGAGGAGGAGAUCUCCUCCAAUACCCCACCCGUUAUUUAUCCUAAGCUAGUGUUAGGCCUUGUUUUCUUUUUCCUUUUUGUUUUUUUUUCUUUUUUGAUUAUUUUGUGGCUCGUCUUGGCCCCCGACACGAUUGCGGUCGAUAUGCAAUAUACAAUUUGCCUUCUAAGCGUUGACAAUUCAAUUAAAUUCGUGUUUAUUACGCUUAUGUAAAGCCCAAACAGCGAAGGCAGAAGGCUCACGAUUUUGGAAUACCCUAUAAAUGUGAUACCGAAGGAUGGUGAUAAAAGUAAAUAAAAAUAAACUAAUUAAA